UCGGCAGCCACCGUCCCGGGCUGGCGGCAGCGAGAUGGCGGCGGGCGGCGGCAGCGACCCUGCGGCGGCCUUCGUGGCGUGGUGCGGGGCGGCCGGCGUGCGGCUCAGCCCCAAGGUGCGCCUCAGCAGGCAGGGCACGGUGUCCGGGUACGGGCUGGUGGCCGGCGAGGAGCUGGCGGCGGGCGAGCUGCUGGUGGCCGUGCCGCGCCCCGCGCUGCUCUCCCAGCACACCUGCGGCAUCCGCGGCCUGCUGCGGGACGCCCAGGACUCUCUGCAGAGCCAAUCCGGGUGGGUGCCCCUCCUGCUGGCCCUGCUCUACGAGUACACGGCCAGCACCUCCCCGUGGCGGCCCUAUUUUGCCCUCUGGGAGGACUUCAAGAGCUUGGAUCACCCCAUGUUCUGGCCUGAAGAAGAAAGGACAAGGCUGCUGCAGGGCACAGGCAUCCCAGAAGCAGUAGACAAGGACCUGGCUAACAUCCACCUGGAGUACAGCUCCAUCAUCCUGCCUUUCAUGCAGGCCCACCCCGACAUUUUUGACCCCAAGGUGCACACGCUGGAGUUGUACAAGCAGCUGGUGGCCUUUGUCAUGGCUUACAGUUUUCAGGAACCUUUGGAGGAGGAAGACGAAGAUGAGAAGGGACCUAAUCCUCCCAUGAUGGUACCUGUAGCAGAUAUUUUGAAUCAUGUGGCCAACCACAACGCCAACCUGGAAUAUGCUCCCAAGUGUUUACGAAUGGUUACAACACGGCCCAUCAGCAAAGGACAAGAGAUCUUCAACACCUACGGGCAGAUGGCCAACUGGCAGCUCCUGCACAUGUACGGCUUCGCAGAGCCAUAUCCCGGCAACACCAACGACACGGCCGACAUCCAGAUGGUGACAGUGCGCAAGGCAGCGAUGCAGCGUGCCAAAAAUGAAGCACAGCAGCAACUGGUCUCAGAGCAGUGGGACUUCUUGUGCCAGCUGGAGAUGGUGGGGGAGGAAGGCGCCUUCGUGCUUGGCUGGGAUGAGGUGCUGACAGAGGAAGAGCUGUCUGUGACCCUCAAGGUGCUGUGCAUGUCAGAAGAAGAAUUCAAGGAGUAUAAGGAACAAGAUGGCUGGGAAGACGACAGUGAGGAAGAGGAAAGCUCCACCCUUUCUAACGAAGCUCUCUCCAGACUUAAAACCCCUUGCAAGAAGCUCCUUUAUGACAGUGUGCUGCUGACCCUGGAAUCCUACGGGUCAGACCUGAAAGCAGACCAGGACUUGCUAAAAAAGGAAGCUUAUGAGAAACUGAGUCGAAGGGAGCAGCAAGCUUUGCAUGUACGCUAUGGACAGAAAAGGAUCUUGCAUCAGCUGCUAGAGCUGGUACGCUAAAAGCCUCACUGCCCGGAACUGUGCUCGUAGAGGGAAGGUCAGCCUUCAGCCUUCCCUUCUACAGCAGUGAGAAUGGAUGCCAAGACUGAAUACGGACCCACUUGUUCCUCACGGUUUGUGGCUUUUCAGCUACCUCUACAUAAAGAUAAAAAAAUUCUUGCACAACAAUAGCAUUGUUGGGUG